AUGGAUAUUCAACACAAAAAGAAGGCUUGUGCUGCAUGCACAUAUCAAAGAAAACGAUGUAAAAGCAAUUGUAUUUUAGCUCCUUAUUUUCCGGCCGAUAAACCAAAAGAGCUUCUCAAUGCGAAUCGUUUGUUUGGUAUUUCGAACAUGAAAAAUGCACUAAAGGAGAUCAAGGAUGAUGGUGAUAAAAAUAAUAUGAUGGAAUCGAUUAUUUUUGAAUCGGAUAUGCGUGCAAAAUACCCGGUUCAUGGAUGUCUUGGGAUUAUUAAGAUGUAUGAAGGUAUGAUAAAGGAGUCUUUGCAAGAGUUAGAUGAUGUAGAAGAGUUACUAAAUUUGUGUAAGCUAUUUCAUCAACAAAAUCUUCUAUAUUUCUUUUCAAUGGAUCAUUCUUUGGUACCUUAUUCUACUAGUUCUCAAAUUCCAAAUUUUCCAAUGGAUGUUAACAAUACUCAUGUUCUUGAGAAUCUUGAUGAUAACAAUACUUCUUGUAUGCAAAAUGACCCUUUACAAGAACAAACUAUUCUGCCUUACUUUUCGAUUAAUCAUUCUUCGGUAUCUUCUACUAGUUCUCAAAUUCCCGAUAUUCUACCUUACUUUUCGAAGAAGAAUCAUUCUUCGGAACCUUCUACUAGUUCUCAAAUUCAAAAUUUUCCAUUGGAUGUUAACAAUACUCAAGUUCUUGGAAAUCUUGAUGUUAACAAUACUUUUUGUAUGCAAAAUGACCCUUUACGAGAACAAAAUAUUCUACCUUACUUUUCGAUGAAUCAUUCUUGGGAACCUUCUAAUAGUUCUCAAAUUCUCGAUAUUUUACCUUAG